AUGGCCAACUACAGCGUCGCCGACAUAGCAGUCCUACACACGCCAUCAUGCGCCCCGACACUACCGCAGGCGAACUACGAUGGCAUAUACGAAGAAGCUAUCGUCCUCCCAUCUGGGCACAGAAGGACACCGCAAAAUCGGGCGUUCGAUGUCGCCACGAUCUGGGAACGCGACGUUGCCUUCAAGACUCGUGAAGGCCUCAUACUGAGAGCCGAUGUGUUCCGUCCAGAAUUCACCACUGCUCAGAUCCCAGCCUUGGUAGCAUGGAGCCCCUACGGAAAGUCUGGUACCGGGUCACUCGACCUUACCGUUGUACCUGGCCGUGCAGGUAUCCCGAUCGGCAUGGUGUCGGGGUUUCAAUCAUUCGAAGCCUUCGAUCCAGCUGAGUGGGUCAAGUAUGACUACGCAGUGGUCAACGUCGACGCGCAAGGCAUUCUGUCAUCGGAAGGCCAUCACAAGUGGCACGGCUCAGCUGAGGGUCGUGAUGGAUAUGACAUCGUCGAAGCCAUUGCCGCAUUACCAUGGUGCAAUGGUCGAGUCGCGCUGAUGGGAAACUCGUGGUUGGCUUCCGCACAAUGGUUCAUAGCCUCAAUGCGACCACCGCAUCUGACUUGCAUCCUACCUCUGGAGGGAUUGAGCGACGUGUACCGCGAAUCGUUGUGCAGAGGCGGAGUGCCGUAUCUGCCGUUCUGGACGUUCUUGGGCUAUAAUCUUUUUGGUCACAAGCCUAGGGAGGAUACCAUUGCAAUGAUCAAGCAACACCCACUGAUGAACGGAUACUGGGCGGACAAACGCGCACAGGCACACCUUAUCGAUAUUCCCGCAUACAUUCUGGCUAGCAUGUCCACCAGUCUACAUACGGUUGGCUCUAUACGAUGUUUCGAGGAUAUCCCCCAUCAGAAGAAAUGGCUUCGCAUGAAUGCGACACAGGAAUGGCACGACCUCUACCAACGGGAGACCGUGGAUGAUCUUAAAAUGUUCCUGGACUUCUACACCAAGGAUGUACCCAACGGCUGGGAGCAGACACCGCAAGUGCGUAUAUCGGUCCUGCGCUACAAUAAGCCCGCGAUCACUAACGUCCCAUUUACGAGCUGGCCAAUUCCCGCAACCGUGCACCAAGAGCUAUACCUCUCCCAAGGAAGCUCGCUCGUCACCACGCCAGUCCCAACAGUCGGUUCGCAAACUUACCAAUCUGAUGUGCCCGCCUUGCAGACGGAUGCCGACUCAGGGUUUACUGCAUUCACUCACACGUUUGCGAGUCUCACCACCCUCAUUGGACCAUCCCGAGCUGUCUUGUACAUGUCUUGUGAGGAGCACGACGACAUGGAUGUGUUCGUCAUCUUGCGCAAGCUGAACGCGGCCGGUGAAGUCUUACGAAACAUCAACAUCCCCGUCCAAGACCUUGUCGACAUCCACUCCGACGUUCAAGUGCCUCUCAUCAACACGAUGCAAUACAUAGGUCCGUCCGGUGUACUACGCGCAAGCCAUCGGCGGCUGGAUCCCGAGCUGACCAAACCCCACUGGCCUGCUCAUGACCACAGUGUGGAGGAAAAGGUCCCACCCGGUAGUAUAGUGAAACUAGAAAUCGGCUUAUGGCCCGCAGCCAUCCAGUUCGAAGCUGGAGAGUCUCUCUCAUUGAGAAUUGCAGGUCACAGCAUGGUCCUUGCCGAGUUUGAGCCACUGCGGGGAGCUUUUCAGACGGGCAACGUGGGCAAACACGUAGUACACUUUGGCGGCGAUUACGAGAGUAAGCUGAUUUUGGCUCUUGUUGAUAUUUGA